ACUCCAGCCUGAUAGAGUGACACUCUGUCUCAAAAAAAAAAAUUAGCCAGGCAUGGUGGCGUGCCCCAAUAGUCUCAGCUACUCAGGAGGCUGAGUAGGGAGGGCUGCUUCAGCCUCAUAAGUCAAGGCUACAGUAAGCCAUGAUCAUGCCACUUUAUUCUAGUUUGAGUGACACAGCGAGACCCUGUCAAAAAAUAAAUAAAUAAAUAACCUGUGUUCUCAGGGAGGGUUGUCUGUUACUCACCAGAUGAAUGAAUCUCAGGUUUUUUGGGGGGGUAACAAGUCCGGCACCCCAUAUGGGACCCAGGGUUGAGCCCUGACUUGACCUCCCUUAUAGGCUCCUGGCAGGCAAAGCAGUGGGCUGUGGAAGCAUGCCUGGGCCAACUCAUCUCAGUUGCCAAGAGGGAGACUAGAGAAAGGCCUUGGGACCCCCAAACUGGUGUCUAGUGUAGUCCACUAACCAGCACCACAAGAUCUCUCUGGGAGAGUAGAAGUGGCUGCCUAGAGUCCAGACCUUUUGUUCGGUGCUCCUUCGAAGCAGCAGCUCCAUGAACUACUAAAAGAGUGGUCUGGGUUUUGAUCAUUAGGAUUCUGGGUUGUCAGGAUUAGGACCUAGGUCAAGGGAUCCAGAAUUGUUGAGGAAAAGAACUUCCUUCUUUCAGGUCUGGGAGACUGAGAGACAUCGCCAUCGUUAUAACAAGGGGAAUCCCCAACAUAAAGGAUGCUUAUCUUCAGGAGUUGAUCCCUAUCUGGUAUGACUGUAGGGCUCGAUAGUCUUCCUUGUCUGUAGCCUGAAUGAAUAUGAAGUCUGGAUUCCUCUACCCUUAGUCUGUGGCAACCCCUAAAAUAUCAGGCUUUGUUUUGCAGCAGUCACAGAAGGACUGCUAUUGGUUUGAUGAGGAGACCAACUUUCAAAGGGGGCAGUUUUGGUGGGAUCAUGAUCCUUGGAACCAGAAUGCAGUGAUACAAAGGUUAUGUGAACAGAGUGUGUGUGCUUUCUCUGAGGAAACACCUCACUUGAUUGAUUUACCUACCUCCCCACCACCUGAGCUGGAUCCAAAACUACUUUCAGUGUCUCCAUGAGAUCUCCUGGGAGGCUGCCCGGACUGAACAUGACCCAGGGAAAGGAAAUCACUGUUAACAUUCUCAGCUCCCCAGGACCUCCACUCCAGAUGGCUUUGCAUAGUGGCAAGCAAAGAGGACCACAAGUAUUCAAGCUGAGUUGUGGGAUUUGUGUUAUCAUUAAUCUCCAGAGUUCGGAAGCCCCUCAAACUCUGUGCAGAGACCCUAGGAUGUGGUGAACCAGGUCUUGGAAGGAGAGCUUGUUAGGGUGCCUCCUCUGGCAAUGGAAACUGCAUAUCAACUCAUGACCAAAAAGCAAAUGAUAUAUUACUAUAAUAGAGCCUGGCCCCAGUAUUCCCUAGGAGAUCAGAAGAGAUGGUCUGAACAUGGGUCACUUACUACAAUUCUCCAGUUGGACUUACUUUGCAAGAAAUACGGUAAAUGGGAAGAAAUACCCUACAUGCAAUGUUUUAUGGCCCUCUAUCAAAACCCUGCCCUGCAGAUGAAAUGCAGAAUAUGUAAAUUGGCCAAAGGGAACUACAUUGCCAAUUCUAGAAGCCUCUGAAGAGGAAGCACCAGUCAUGUGGGGGCCUGUAGGGAAGGGAACAAGAAGAGUCCCUUUAUUUCCCUCUCCAAGAGAAGUGAGGCCCUCUAACUCUACUUGGUGCCUGGUACCUUGACCAAUACAGGGGCAUAGUCCACCUUCUUCCUUGGGAAUGGUGCUCUCAGCACCUCCAGGGGAAAGCAAGGGCCCGUUAUGUAUUUGCCGGGCCCUCCAAACUCUGCAGAGCCAGCAAUGGUUCCUGCUAUGGCAAUAGCAACCCCCCCCCCCCACCGCUGUACUCUUCUUUGCCAGGGAGCACCACUCAUAGUGGGAAUGCAUAUAACCCUGGAAGGUGACUGUUCCCACUCAGAGCGUGCCUGUUGGAGAAAGGUUUUGCUCGGGUCUAUGUUUUUUAAAACUGUUGACUUGUAUAACUGGAAAUCCCAUAGUAAGGGCUUACGGGUGAGCCCACAAGAGUUCAUAACUCGCAUAUGGAGAAUAUUCUCCACACAUAACCCUACCUGGCCAGGUGUGCAGACCUUAACAGCAACCCUGCUCACAGCAGAAGAUAAAUCUGCUACCAUGGCCAAAACUGAGGAGGAGGCAGACAAUAUGUGUGCUGAUAACCUGGUGACCUGUCCUGUUGAGGUGUCAGUCCCAAUAGCUAACCCAAACUGGGACCCCAAUGAUGACAAGAAUCAAGAGUGGCUUCAUCAUUAUAGGAAUAUGCUUCUCAGAGGUAUGAGGGAAGCAAGCCAGCCCCUGGUCAAUUGGGGAAAUCUCAGAGAAACAGAACAAGGCCCUAAUGAAAAUCCAUCAGCAUUCCUAAAUUGAUAAUAAGAAUGCCUCCAGAAUUACACCCCUUGGGACCCAGAUGACCCAAAAGCCGAGUAGUACUUUAAUCCCACUUCAUCUCUCAGCCCCAGAUAUACAGAGAAAACUCUAAAAAUUGGCAAUAAGUCCCCACACUCCCCCUUUCCAACUGGUAGACAUCUCCUUUAAGGUCUACAGUAAAGAGAUGUGGCAUCUGAUGAAAA